AUGCAAUCACGGUACAUUUUGCUCGUGGCGGUGGCUACCCUCGUCUCCACACAGGAAACUAGUGGUGCGACUCUUUCCAUGUCGAGUUCAAGUCCAUUGAAUGAACAUGAAAGUAUAAGAAUCAACCACCGAUUUCUGAGGACGCACACAGAAGACCAUGCUGUUGAGGAAGAGGAGAGGGCACCAUGGGAUUUUAAAAAAUUCAGUGCCAACUUAGCUGACCUGGGGAAGCUUAAACUACCGGACCUGGCGAAGCUUAAGCAAAGCCUACCAGACUGGGAUAAAAUCGCGGGUUAUGGGAAAGCUACUGGCACGGCAGCCAAACUUGCUAGCGCGAAAUCGUUCGAUGAACGGCUUGCAAUUAUCAACGGAGUUAAGGAUAUCGACGAGAUGAAUGCCCUCUUUUUGAUGACCAAGCCUCUCCUAAAGAAUGUGCUUCCCGACUAUGACGACACUACGUCCUUGGAGGCGCUUUUGAGAAUGAUAAAAAGUUCUGACUUGGAUGAUGACAUGAAGGCAUUGGCUUUGAUAGCUUUCCAGCGGUAUGAAGGCAGCUUGAAAGCUGGUACCUCGAAACUUGAUGUUAAUCCGUGA